UUGUUUAGUUCAGGUGCAACAGCAGAGCCUCACAGAUACAUUUCGGAAAUGCCUAACUAUCUGCAGGCAUUGCUCUUAACGGUUUGUGCCCUUAUCAGCAGCGAUCUAGUGGCCACCCAAGAUUCCCUAAUAUUCGCAGCAACAACAGGCCCGCCUCCAAUGACCACAAGGUCAACAGCUCGGCCGGGCGGCGACUUUGUGCUAGUCAACAAUGAGCCAGUUGUGGGAACUAUGACACCCUUUGUCAACGCUGCGCCGGCUCCGACCCAACAAUUCCUGGAUUGCUUUGGUCGUUGCCCCACAACCCCAGAGUAUAAUCCGAUCUGUGCGAGCAACAGGCAAAUGUACCUCAACGAACAGAAGUUCAACUGCGCCCUCUUCUGCGGUGCCGAUAUUCGAAUUGUGCGACGAGGCAGCUGCCAAGGUCUGUUUCCCAUGCAACGCGGCUGAAAUGCGGCUUACUCAUAGUGUACAUAUAACUACUUAGUAAUUUUAUGGUACAAUAAGGUAAUGUAAGAAGUUGCAGUCGGAUGCAAUCGACUGUGCAAUACUCUGCUCACAAUGUAACAGCUGCACUGGGAUGGGAUGGGGUGGCAGGAACUUCCAAACUGUGACUAAACUAUGUGAAUUAUCGGUAUUUGUUGCCGAAAUAUUCUACGAAGAUUAGGUUAAUCAUGCCUCCAAGACGAAAUACCUUUUGUAGAGCAAAAUACGCUUCUUCACUUUCUCAGCAGACUAUUAAAAUCUGCUUUAAGACUUUAAUUAUAUUCUUAAGAAAAAAUAAACAUGUUCGCGAACAACACUUGUGAUAUUGAUAAGCGCAAAAUUGUUGUUUAAAUAUUGUACAUGUUUACAAACAUCUGACAGAAUUUUUUCAAUAAAGU